GCUGGUCAACGGGCUUUGGCAUUGCUCACAUAUAAUCCUUCGAGUCGAGUUGCGAGCUUACUUUAGUUUGAACCUUACUUGCGUCAGGAAGCAACUACCCUCCGUUUGUGUGAUUGAAUAUCGUUUGAAGUUUUGAUGAAUUAAAUUAGUUCGCAUUAGUGUAUUUCCAUAGCAUAUAACUGAAUAUGCGCCAAUUAAUUAUUUUAAUAGGCUGUCUUUUUGUGGCAGCUCUUGCCACCAAUCCACCAAAAUGGCCUAAGACCUACUCUGUGAGUGGAGUCCUGAACAUCCCGUAUGCCGAGAUCACGGAACCGUUCUACGCCUGGUAUGAUGAAGCCAACGGUCGCUCCCGUAUCGAUUACUACGGCGACAUGGUGAAAACGUACCAACUAACAAAGGAAGGUGAUUACGGCACUAGUCUGAAGGUUGCCCCCGUUACCAAUCGCGAAUCGAUGAACAAACAGACAUGCCUUCAGGUCAACGGCAGCAGCGAUAAUCCUAUCUCGGUGCAGGGCAUUCUACCGGAUACUAAGAACUUCAAAUUGGCGGGUACUGAGCAAAGGAAUGGAUUCAAUUGCGACAAAUUCGUACUGGUUGAUGAUGUGGGCCAGAAACGUAACUACUAUAGUCUCUGGGUGCGUUACAUCAAUUCACCUAAAUACCCAGCCUCCCGUAUGCCUAUACCGGUUCGCUACGAAAUGAAGGGAUACAACACAUUGCUUGGCUCGCAUUACGAUCACUACUAUUUGGAUUAUGAUUCAUACGAACAUCAGGAUAUUCCUGCCGAUGUAUUCCAAGUCAAAACUUCUGAACCCUGCAUUGGCUUCCCGGGACCCGGCAAUGGUCAUUAUGCCACAUUCAAUCCAAUGCAAGAGUUCAUCCACCCGCGCUCCGAAGAGCAUUUGGAUAAUGAAUUCACACGAUUCAGGUACAAGCACGGCAAAAGCUAUCACAACGAAAAGGAACAUGACCUUCGUCGUGAUAUUUUCCGCCAAAAUCUGCGUUUCAUCCAUUCACAUAACCGUGCCGGUAAGGGAUUCACCGUGGCCGUUAACCAUCUUGCCGAUCGUACCGACGAAGAACUGAAAGCCCUUCGUGGAUUCAAGUCGUCCAACAUUUACAACGGAGGGCAACCAUUCCCCUACAACCCGGAGGACUUCAAAGAUGAACUGCCAGAGAGUUUGGAUUGGCGUAUUGCUGGUGCUGUAACUCCAGUGAAGGAUCAGUCGGUAUGUGGAUCCUGUUGGUCAUUCGGUACAGCUGGACAUAUCGAAUCCGCUUACUUUUUGAAAUACAACAAACUGAUGCGCUUCUCGCAACAAGCACUGAUUGAUUGCUCCUGGGGAUACGGAAAUAACGGUUGUGAUGGAGGUGAAGACUUCCGGGCCUAUCAGUGGAUGAUGGAAGUUGGAGGUAUUCCUUCGGAAGAAGAAUACGGUGGCUACUUGGGGCAAGAUGGUUAUUGUCGGUUGGAGAACAAAACGUUGUACGCGGCCAUUGAUGGAUGGGUCAACGUUACUUCUGGAGAUGCUGAAGCUAUGAAAGUGGCACUGUUCAAACAUGGACCACUGUCGAUCGCCAUCGACGCCGGUCAUAAGUCUUUCAGCUACUACGCAAAUGGAGUGUACUAUGAACCGGAGUGCCGAAACAAUUUGGAUGGCCUGGAUCAUGCAGUUUUGGCAGUUGGAUACGGAAAACUGAAAGGCGAAGAUUACUGGUUAAUCAAGAACUCAUGGUCAAAUUACUGGGGCAACGAUGGAUAUGCCUUGAUGGCAAUGAAAGACAAUAACUGUGGCCUUAGUACUGAUGCUACAUAUGUCAAUUUGAAGUGAGGUUUCUUUCUAGAGUAAAAUAAGUUUUAGAGAUAUUUUAUUCUUGAUUUUAUGUCUGUCAUCUUAAGUUAAGUAAAAAUAAACUGUUU